UCAUGGACGGGGAAAAGCCUCUCAAAGGGGCGCCGAAGCCUUCGGAGCGCCGGGGCAGCCCGGGCAAGGCCACCCUGACCAGCCACAUCCUCAACCUGUGGAGCACCGCCACGCUGCUGCAGCCGCAGGUGAACCUGUCGCUGGCCGAGAUCUGCGAGAACUUCGACGACGAGGGCCGAGACGUGGGCAAGAUCCGCCGGCAGAAGAGCCAGUCCCUCACCUCCAGGCCCCAGGAGCUGGAGGAGCAGGCCCUGCUGGACCUGGAGUUGCACGGCUGCAACUCCAUAGAAGGCCUCCGGGAGAAGCGGCCCGAGGACAUCAGUACCGAGGCCAAAAAGUGUUCUUCAGAGUCAUUAAUCAGUCUCUCAAAGAACGUACCCCAUCGAGCCUAUUGGACAGAACAGCAGAACAGGCUGCCACUGCCCCUGAUGGAACUCAUGGAGAAUGAAGCUCUGGAAAUCCUCAACAAAGCCCUCAAAAGCUACCGGUCCCAGAUCGGCAAAAACCACUUUCUGACUAAGGAGCUGCAGCGGUACAUCGAGGGGCUCAAGAAGCGCCGGAGCAAGCGACUGCAGUGCACAUCCUAG